AUGAAGUUCACCAGGUAUCUGGCGGCCGCAACUGCUGUCGCCGUCACAAAUGCUUCUCCGCACCCCGCAUACCGGCAACAGCAGCCGCUCGGAAGCUCGCUACCAGCUUCUCAGGGCAGCAUCGAGGAAUUCGAGCAAGCUCGCCUCGAGAAAUUGAUCGCUAGUGAUCCACUUCUACAAUUCCAUCGCGAUCUGGUCGAUAUCGAGUCCAUCUCCGGUAACGAGCACGAUGUCGGUAUCUUCGUUGCCGAGUUCCUCGAGUCUAAGAACUUCACCGUCGUCAAGCAAAAGGUUGCUCCUGUGAAAAAGAAGAAUGACGAUGACGAGGAGACACCCAAGACCCGUUACAAUAUCUACGCCUACCCUUCCUCUCUUCAAGACUCCCCCUCAAUCCUUGUCUCGAGCCACAUCGACACAGUCCCACCUUUUAUCCCGUACUCGGCGCACCAGCCCGAAUCCCCGAGUAUGCGCUCAAACUCAGACGAUCUAGUUCUCGCGGGCCGAGGCUCUGUCGAUGCAAAGGGCAGUGUCGCAGCGCAAGUCUUCGCCGUCCUGGAGACUCUAGAGUCAAACCCAGACGCAAAGCUCGCGUUGCUCUUCGUCGUCGGCGAGGAAAUCGGCGGUGACGGCAUGAAGACUUUUUCCGAAUCCGACCUAAACAAGGACACCGCCUACCAUACCGUUAUCUUCGGCGAGCCAACCGAAGCCAAGCUCGUCUCUGGACACAAGGGAAUGCUUGGUUUCGAGGUUCUAGCUCACGGUAAGGCCGCGCACUCGGGAUACCCGUGGCUCGGCAAGAGUGCUGUCUCGGGCAUCCUGCCGGCAUUGAGCCGUGUUGAUCAGCUGGGUAACAUCCCCGUUAGCGAGGGUGGUUUGCCCUCGUCGUCCAAGUAUGGCCCUACUACUUUGAACAUCGGUACUAUUCGUGCCGGUGUCGCGACGAACGUUGUCCCCGCCUCUGCGCGUGCGGAUGUCGCCGUUCGUCUGGCAGCUGGUACACCAGAAGAGGCGCGGGAGAUUAUUCGUCGGGCUGUAGAGGAUGCGACUCGUGACGUCGAGGCUGAGGUUGUGGUUGACUUUUCCACUCACAAUGAGGCGUACGCCCCUCAAGACCUGGAUACUGAUGUGGAUGGUUUCGAGGUGAUGCCUGUCAACUAUGGCACGGAUGUGCCUAACUUGAAGGUACGCGAGGGUGUGAAGCGUUAUCUCUAUGGACCUGGAAGCAUCUUUGUUGCUCAUGGUGAUAAUGAAGCUCUCACCGUGCGUGACGUCAAGGAUGCAGUUUCGGGCUUUAAGAAGUUGAUUGAUGCUGCUUUGGAAAGGGAGUAG